AAGAACGAAGGAAACAAAGAAAGAGGAGUCAGCAAAUUGUGGAGGGAAGAGGAGGAAACAGGAGGAGAGAGGAGAAGGAGAAGGAGAAGGAAGGCAGGGAGGAGGAGGAGGAAGUGACAUCAGCUCUGAGAUUUCUCGGGAAUUUCGGUCGGCCGCUCUCGCUCUCCUCCUCAGCUUCGCCGUGACGGCCGAGCGAGACGUCACCUGCCAACAGGAAGUUCCCCCCGAGCUGAUCCGAGACCUGUGGAACCGCACGCAGCAGCUGAUCAAGAGCCUGCCGAGAGAGAAGACAAUAUCCAGAAGGCUGCUGCCCAGGUUUUGUACCGACUGUUCUGAGCGUACGAUUGGCUGGCUGGAGAUGCAGGAAGUGAUGGACGUGUACCAGAGGAGCGUGUUCAGCAGAGAGGUCGUCAGGAGGCUCCUCCCCCUCCACUACGAAGACCUCCUGUACCGCCUGCAACAGACGCUGCAGCACUGUAGUUUGACGCAGGCGGAGGUCAUCACCAAUCCUCCCUUCAGUUCUGUCAUCAGCAGCCUCAACACCUCCUGCCAGGGAAGAGAAGAGCUCAGGCUGAUGAACGUCACUCUGGACGUCUACAUGCGGAUCUUCUCCAACAUCCUGCACCACCAGCACAAGCCCGGCACCUUGGCUCUGCUGGACCAGGUGUCCGACUCUCAGAGGUCCAAGGUGAAGGAAGAUCUGAAGGAGCUCCGGGGGAAGAUGGAGGCACUGAAGAGACACCUGAACCAUCCGAGCCACGACAGAGAGGACGUCGUCAACAAGCUGAACAAGAUAAAGGUGGACGACCCGCUGGUUCAGAAAAAGGCUCUGGCUCAGUUCAAAGAGGUGUUCCAGGCAGCGUCUGUGGUUGUGGACCGCCGUUGUUGACCUGGCCACGCCCACUCCUCUGCUAAAUGACGUCGACGACGACACACGUGAUGAUGACCCGGAGCUCUCGACUGGAUCACCUGCUGGAAAUUGGAUUCUCUCUCUCAUUAGUUUAAUCUAAUCUAGUUACGUCUUGUGUUUAAUUUAAUGUAUUUUAAUUUAUGAUUAAUUUAACGUAAUUUAUUUCUUUGUUGUCAUUUUUCAUCAAUUGAUUUGAAUAAAAGCAGAAAUCAGCAUCGA